AUGGAAUCCUCAGAUUUGAACGUAAUAGUUGCAAGAAUACAAGAUCCAGAUCCAGAAAUACAGUUUUCGGCCCUUAAAACACUGCAUUCUUUUAUUUCCUCUGCCCAGGGAUCUGUAGGUUUUAAGCAGCAGGAUUUAUACGACAGGAUAGAUGAGUUCGCUAAGAUUGUUGAAAACCUUGAUGGAGACAAUAAAAAGUAUCUUUACGAUCUAAUAAGUGUCAUGAAUCUAUUUCACAAUGACCAGAACAUUCUCAGAUUUAGGUUGAAGGGGUCAUUCAUACCAAUCUCUGAGUGGGGACUUCAGUAUGUGAGAAAGUUAGUGUGUUGUAUUUUGGAUGUCAUAAACCAAAAGCUAGAAAUAGAAGACUACACUUCUCUAAUCGAUCCCAUUUCCGAAUUUCUAUUCCAUCACAAUGCCGAGAUUGAGGCCAUUGAUUUUAUCUUUGAAGUAUCGUUUGUGAGUCAAAAAGUAGAAGUAAGUGAAGGGAGGAAUAGAAGCUUUGCAGGGGACUUCGUUGAUUUAAUAUUCAAAUAUAUGGAUAAGGACAAUGAGGAGAGAAUAACUCUAUAUUUGGAGGAAAUGGAUAGAUUUUACACUAUAGAUAACAUUAUGCUAAAAUUAUACAAGAAUAAUCCUAGUAAGCUUCUAGUGUAUUUGCUUCGUUUAAACAGGAAAAGCGACGCUGUUGAAUAUGUAUGUUCUCUUUCAAAUACUCCUUACUAUAGACAGUGCCUAUUCAUUCUAGCAAGAAAUAAUAUAUAUUUUAAGGAGAAUGAUGGUGAAACCGAAAGAAUCCUAUCGAACUCGUUUUUGUCUGAGAAUUUUUUCGAUGUAGCGUCAUCUCUUGAGCUGCUUCCAUCACAGAAACUGGAAUAUAUUUUUAAGUCACUUGACAAGGAGAAAACCGAAGCAGCUGCAAUUGCAAAUGCGCUUGUCCAUUUUGCCUAUUGCCGUGACCCGGUAUUUUUCCCAUCUACUGAUGAUUACAAAGUCAAGCAGGAUCUUGUCGACCAUCUAAAAGCAAAUGAAUCAAUCUCUGUUUUAGCUUCUGUAGGAUUGAUAAACUCCUAUUCGCACGAAAAAGUAAUUGAAUACUAUUCAAGCUUAAUUUAUGAAAAGGCCAGCGCAGGUGCUAUUUUGGCACUCACAAUAGCAUCUCAGAGACAUCACGACCUUGAUUUUGAAAAUAUCAACUUGCUGAUUCCAUUGCUUUCUUCUAGCAAGAAGAACGAUGUGUUGGCGGCAAUGCUUGGGAUUGCUGUUCUUUAUUCGGCAUCAUCAUCUCAGGCUGCUUAUGAUGCUGUGUUCCCCUUGCUUAGCUCUCCUGAUUCUGAGAUUGCGCUAUUUGCAAUAUUUAUCCUAGGCUCAAUAUUCGCUGGCACAUGUGAUGAGGGUGUUAUAACAUCCUGUGUUGAUAUAUAUAACGAAAUUAAGAAUGAUUCAUCCUUUUGCAAUCUAUCAGUUCUUGGAAUCUCCUUAAUAUUAAUGAAGCAUCCAGAGGCUGUCAAUUGUAGUUUUUUCUCUAAACUUGACAACUACACAAAAAUAUUAUCAUUUGGAUUGAUGAAUAUGGGGUCGGGAAACCCUAAGAUUGUCGAUGAAAUACUCACUGAUGCCUUCACUGGUGAUACUGAUGCUCUUCUCGAAUCACUGGGUCUUAUUUCUAGCUGUAUUGUGGCAUUGGGUGAUGGUAUUGCAACUUCUCUAUUGGACAGGAUUUGUAAUUCAUCACUGCUUCUUGAUUCUUCUCAUCUUAGACAUGUCUUCCCAUUGUGUCUCGCCUUGUUGUACCCCUCUAAUCCUAGGUCUGAGGUUAUUGAUGCAUUAGAAAAAAGUCUCAGCAGUGGAGAGACAGAUUGUAACUCCUUAUUUUCUCUUGGAAUAGUCGGUGCGGGUACAAGAUCGUCCAGGAUAUUAAGAGUUUUUGAUACCAACUACAAUAAUAUUUACAAAGAUUCCAGAGCGGUAUCAGCAUUAGUAAUUUCGCAAGGAUUAAUUAAUUUAGGAAAGGGGCUGUUUACUCUUUCCCCAUUCUAUUAUGAAAAAACUGUCAUUGCCGACAAGCCUAUUAUUGGACUACUCACAGUGCUUUUUUUGUUCUUCGAUCAGACGCUAUUUCCUGAUUUUUCAUAUCUUUGCUAUAUUUUGAGUAUGUCCAUUUCACCUAAGUAUGUUAGUGGAUAUGAAGGAUCAUGUAGAGUGGGCAAACCAGUUGACAUUGUUGGCCUUACGGGAAAGCCCAAUAAACUCAGUGGUGCUGUGAUUCAUACACUUCCAAUUGUUUUAAAUACAAACGAAAGAGCAGAGGUUAAUGAUGAAGUAUUGACUUCCUACAUUGAAGAUGUGCUGAUUAAAAAAGAUAAAUGA